UUCCUUUUUCUCGCUUCCUUCUUCAGUUAAAGUUGAGAGAGAGAAUUCCAAAAGCUUAUGCCUAUUAAUCUAUCGCUUCACAUCAAACUCUGACAGUUUCUUCUUCCAUCUUCUUCCUCUUCUUGUUCUUGUCUGGUUCUUGAUCUGGAUUCCCUCUCUCUCUCUCUCUCUCUCUCUCUCUCUCUCUCUCUCUACUGUCAUAUGUUUUAUCUUGAUUUCAGUGUGUCAUGAGAUCUUAUUGAAUUAAUCAAGUUUGUUCUUUUAGCAUAUUUUGAGGCUUUUUUUUUUCUUCCUCAAAACCCAUCAUUUCUCUUUCUUCCUGCAUGUCGUGUUCUUGUCUCCUCUAGAUUUCAGAACCCUCUUUUGUCCUUGUCUCAUCAGAUGGUUCACGCUAUAUAGAGAGAAGAAGAAGAGAGGCUGGUUUCGUAUUUUCCACUCGGAUAUGAUCAGAAGAAGGGCUUUGCUAUCGCCACCGAAAUCCAGACCAAGAGCUCGUCGCGCGCUUAUUCAGCCACAAGGGAUAACAUACAUAUAUAUAUCUUUCAGAAAAUCAACCAAAUCAAUUGGGGGAUUUUUUGUGAAGAGAGAGAACCCAUGAACAAGAGCAAUCCGGGUUCGGUCGCCGGGUCGGAUCUGAUCGACUCCAAGAUAGAGGAACACCAGCUUUGUGGAUCCAUGAAGUGCCCUAGUUGCGGCCACAAGCUCGAUGGCAAACCGGAUUGGGUUGGUUUACCGGCUGGGGUGAAAUUUGACCCGACGGAUCAAGAACUGAUAGAACAUCUCGAGGCCAAAGUCUCAGCUAAAGACAUUAAGUCUCACCCUCUCAUUGACGAAUUCAUCCCCACCAUUGAAGGCGAAGACGGCAUUUGUUAUACCCAUCCCGAGAAACUUCCCGGAGUAACGAGAGAUGGGUUGAGCAGACAUUUCUUCCACAGGCCGUCAAAGGCGUACACAACGGGAACAAGAAAGAGAAGAAAGAUCCAAAACGAAUGCGACUUGCAAGGAUCGGGAGAGACAAGGUGGCAUAAGACGGGAAAGACACGACCGGUCAUGGUUAACGGCAAACAAAAGGGUUGUAAGAAGAUAUUGGUUCUAUACACCAACUUUGGAAAAAACAGAAAACCCGAGAAGACGAAUUGGGUGAUGCACCAAUACCAUUUAGGAACACACGAGGAAGAGAGAGAAGGAGAGCUUGUCGUGUCCAAAAUCUUCUACCAAACGCAGCCCAGACAAUGUAAUUGGUCAUCUGAGAGAAGCUUGAACAUUGCCGGAGAAGAAAAUACUACAAGAAGAGAUCAUAGUGGAACUAGUGGGAGUUGUUCUUCAAGGGAGAUUGUGAAUGUUAACCGAUCCGAUGAAGUUGCCGGUGGUAGCAGUACCGUUAAUGUUGUGUCCGCAGCAAUGGCAGCUGGUCUCCCGAGUUACUCUAUGGAUCAGCUCGGUUUUGUCCCUUUUCGAAAGAGUUUCGAUGAGGUAGGAAGGGAAGCUCCUGCCCAUGUCACAUCCGAGGUCGACGUCACCGAGCAACAUCAUCAUCAUGGAUCAUCAUCAUCGUCAUCACACCACAUGGUACAUGAUCAUCAUCAUCAUCAACAUCGACAUCAAGUGGCUAGUACUGCUGCCGCAUUCCACGUUAGCCAGCCCACUCAUCCGAUGUCUACCAUCAUCUCUUCACCAUCUUCAUUGCAACAUAACAUCAUUGAGGAGAGUCCUUAUCAUCAUGUCCCUAGAAUCCUGCUUCCAGGUGAAAGUUUUCAGACACAACAAGAACAACAUCAUGGGAAGAUGGGAGGGAGCAGGUCAGCGUCUGGAUUGGAGGAACUCAUAAUGGGAUGCACUUCUUCUUCUUCUUCUGCCUCUCAUCAUAUAAAAGAUGACUCAUCAAUGGCAAACCAACAAGAAGCCGAGUGGUUGAAGUAUUCAUCCUUUUGGCCUGCCCCGGACACUGACAACCAAGAUCAUCAUCAUCAACAUCAUGGAUAGGUUCCAUCCAAUGAGAGAACCCCCCCCAAAAAAAAGUUAAAGCGGCAUCAUCAGUUUUCAUUGCCAUCAUGUCGAUGAUGAUGAUCAUCAUCACCGCCAUCAUCAAAAUCAAGUUUUUGGAAACAGUUUCUUUUUUUAGAAGUCCUGGUCGAUAAAUUUGGCAUGGGAUAUAUAUAUGGUGCAUACAUUUUUGUUUCAAGAACUACUUAAACAUUAGAAUGAGAGGGAUUUUGUAUGA